CAGAGGCAGAGACAGAGAUAUAAACAGAGACAGACAGACAGAGAGAAACUGAGAAAGAGACAGAAACUGAGACAGAGACAGACAGAGGCAGAGAGAGACAGAGAGAUACAGAAACAGGCAGAGAGAGACAGAGAGAUACAGAGACAGACAGAGAGAGACAGAGACAGACAGCAACAGAGAGACAAAAAAACUGACAGACAGGUACAAAGAGAAAGAGACAGAGAGAGACAGAGAGAGAAACAGAGAGAGACAUACAUAGACAGAGAGAGAGACAGAAACAGAGAGACACACAGACAGAGACAGAGAGAGAUGGGACACAAAUAGAGACAGAGAUAGAAACCUAGAGAGACAGAGACAGACAGAGAUAGACAGAGACAGAGACAGGAACAGAGACACACAGAGACAAAAACAGAGAGAGACACACACAGAGACAGAGAGACAUGAGACACAAACAGAGUGAGACAGAUAGAAACCAAGAGAGACAGAGACAGAGAGGAAUAGAGAGAGACAGAGACAGGAACAGAGACAGACAGAGAGAGACAGAGACAGAAACAAAAAGACACAGAGAGAGACAGAGACAGAGAGAUACACAUAGAGACAUAGAUAGCCAGGUACAGAAACAGAGAGACAGAGAGAGAGACAGAUAGAGAGAAAAAGAUAGAGACAGAGACAGAGACAGAAACAGAGAGAGACAGGACAGACACAGACAGAGAGAGACAAAGACAGAAAGAGACAUAAACAGAGAGAGACAGAGGCAACAUACAGAGACAGAGAAACAGGCAGAGAAACUGAGACAGAGACAGGCAGAGAUAGAGAGAGACAGAGACAGAAAGACAGAAACAGAGGGAGACAGAGACAGAAACCGAGAGAGACAGAAAUUAACUCAGUCCUGCCCUGUCUCCAAUAUCUGGGGCUCAGGCCUCUCUGUCUUCAGCAGCCAUGGCAAACACACAAGGUCGAGACAUCUUUCCACCCAGCUGCUCCAUCAUCUUCCUCCUCCUGCAGCUUCUGUCCUGCAGCCUCUCUGCAAACGGGAAAGCCGAUUUCUCUGUCUCUGGUCCCGGCCAACCGGUCCUGGCUAUGGUGGGGGAAAGUGUGAAGCUGCGAUGCCAUCUGUCCCUCAAUAUCAGUGUGAAGGACAUGGAGGUGAGGUGGUACAGGGAGGAGCUGACCCCAGCUGUGCACCUGCACAAGAAAGGCAAAGAUGUGCCUGAAGAGCAGAUGUGGCAGUACGAGGGCAGGACAACCUUCCUGAUGUCCGGGCUGGCCCAAGACCAAGCUGUUCUGACCAUACACAAUGUCACGGUGUUCGAUAACGGGACCUUCCACUGCAAGUUCAAAGAUGGCAUGGCAUCUGCGGAGACCACCCUGUGGCUAAGGGUGGCAGGGCUGGGCUCUGAGCCCAGAAUCCAAGUGCGAGCUGGCCAGGAUGAAGGUAUCAGGGCAGAGUGCACCUCGGAGGGCUGGUACCCAGAGCCCCAGGUGGAGUGGAGAGACUUCAGGGGACAGACCCUACCUUCCAUGACCAACCUCACAGUGUCACCAACAAUGGGCCUCUUUGCGGUGGUGUCCAAUGUGACUGUCUGGGACAGGGACGUGGGGAACCUCUCUUGCUCUAUCUCCAACCCCCUCCUCCAGGAGAGGAUGGAGGCCAAGAUCUGCCUACCUGACCCUCUUUUAGCUCAGUUGUCUAGAAGUUUCCCAUCAAUGGCGUGGAGGACAGUGGUGCCUGUGAUCCUCAUUGUAGUGGGACUUGUAGCAAUUGGAGCCACCUGUCUUUUCUGGAAACGUCAGAGGGACAGGGAUAGGGUACAGCUGGAAGAAGAGAAACUGUACAGAGAAGAGGAGCAGCUGUCGCAAGGCUGGCCAGAGGACGUCAUCUAUGUGAGCCCAUCCCUGGACCCUGAUACUGCAAGCCCCAAGCUUGCUCUCUCUGAGGACAGGAAGACUGUGAGGCGGCUGUUCUUUGAACAAGAGCUGCCCAACGCCCCCAGCAGAUUCGACCGGGACCCCUGUGUGCUGGGCCUGGAGCAGUUCUCAGCUGGGAGGUAUUACUGGGAGGUCCAGGUGGGGCACAGGAAGGCCUGGAACCUGGGCGUGUGUCUGCAGAGCUUGGAUCGGAAGGGAAGGAUCCCCAAGUCCCCUCAGCACGGACUCUGGGCCCUGGAGCUGUACAAGAAGGGGUUCUGGGCACUUGCCUUCCCAAGAGUUCGCCUGCACCCUUCGGAGCCCCUGCAUCGUGUGGGCGUUUUCCUGGACUGUGAUGCAGGCAGAAUCUCCUUCUACAGCGUGAGCAAUGGAUCCCUCAUCUACGCGUUCUCUGGACUGUCCUUCUCGGCACCCCUGAGGCCAUUCUUCUGCCUCUGGACACAUGACCCCAGCCCCCUGACCAUCUGCUCAGAAUGGCAGCCCCCAGAGGCCUUGGGGCCUCCUCAGGGUGAGGGACAGGACAGGUGGGAACCCUCCUCCAGCAAGACCCAUGAUCUCUCUGCUCCAGCCUGUCACCAAUUUGGGGGAGAUGUAUCCAUUCUAAGUCCCAGCUAG